CUUUCUUAUUGGUGAAUUAAAACAAGAAGGAAUUACACUCAGAAUCAGAAUAACAUUGUGAAUGAUGCAUUCUAGGUGUGAAUGAGUCACCAUGUAUCAUUGUGUGAAUAAGAACAUCGUCCUGUUCUGUGGAAUUAAUAUAAUUUAGCCAGAAAGUGCAUUUCUUUCUCAUUUUUUGAACAAAACCUGUUACAUGUUUGUGAAGCACUAAUAAAAUAGCAUGACAAACUGGAGUGGAUGGUAUGCUAUCUCCCUAAGUGUAGGUUUAUAGGGUCCCCGUGCAUACAAACUGCUUUUCAGGGUUUACCAUCAAAAUAACUACGCUGAACACUGCCUCUCACUCCUACUUACAAAUAUUACCCUCUGUUCCCUUCUAUACAUCAAGGACACAAGGAGGCUUUGGGCAUUUCUUUUGUUUCUCUCCUGUUUUUUGUUUUUCUUCCAAAGGUUCUUCUUGAAGUCAUAUGGACACAAAAUGUCUGUGCCCUACAUUUGUGCUGCUGAUUUGCCUUAUUGGUAAAUUUUCAUUUUCUUUUUUUUCCCUCCAGUCGGACUAGUUGUCCUGAUAUCCUUUAUACAAGAGGCUGGCAAGUAUAUUUAUGUGCAUCCAAUUAUAUACGGCUUUCUUCAUAAAGAGCAUUUAUAAAAGAAAUGGGGUAUUGACCCAAACAGAAUGUUUUAGCUUAUUAAUUGUACAUUGUGCUUACAUAUAAAACACAACAAACUCAGUAUCCGCUGUAUCUUCAUGUCCCUCAAAUAUGAGCCAGUUUGUAAAAUAACACAUGCCAUUCUAAUUUGAAACUAACUUUACUGCUCUAACAUGAAUUCAUGCUUUGUUUAUCAAUACCAGCAAUUAAGGCUGAAAGUAAAUUCUCUGAAAUUGCUAAAUAAAUACGUAAACAUUGGCUGUCUGUGAAUAUUUUUGCGUGGUGGUAAUGCUGAAUGCUUGGAUUUGGAAGCCAUUUCACAUCCUUUAUUUUCACUGGGAUAAUAUUUCUUCUCUAGAGACCAGUGCUGUCCUGACUGCUGAUCCGCAAACGUCAAAUGUGUGGUCAGGGGAGACUGUGCAUCUUACCUGUAAGGUUGAGGAUUCAGAUACAUCCACCCAAAGGGAAUAUUCCUGGAAGAAGCUAAGAGAAACUAAAGAGACCACACUCUACUCUGGUACUGGAGAAGGGUCCUCUACUUACACCCUGAGUCGUGUGACGGAGUCGAACAGUGCUCAGUAUUGGUGUGAAGCAAAGACUAAAAAUGGCAAGAUAAUCAGCUCUCCACAUACUCUGACAGUGACAUCUCCACCACCUGCUGUGCUAACCCUGAACCUUGCAUGGAGGAAGUUCUACCCCACUGAGAAAGUGACUCUCAAAUGUGAGAUUCAGACCCGUCAGACUGAGUGGAGUUAUCUGUGGUACAGAGAUGGAGCCCCUAUCAACAGUGUGGACUCCAGUAGUGUAAAUGAGUUCACAAUCCCAGCUCUAGAUCAGUCACACAAUGGAAGAUACUCCUGCAGAGGGAGAAUACCAGGAAGGAGUGUUUACACUAACGUUAGCAACGAUGUGACACUGACUGUAGAUGCACUCCCACCCGUGGUUCUGACUCUACAGACUGGAUGGACAAACAUCUUUAACAGAGAGAGAGCGGCUCUGCACUGUCACAUUCAGGACCGCUCUCCUGUGUGGAUGCAUAAAUGGUACAGAGAUGAACGAGAACUUCCUGUGGGCACAGCUGAGGACACCUAUGAGAUCCUGUCUGCUGUUCAGUCAGACUCAGGGACAUACACAUGUAAAGGACAGCAUAAGGAAAGAGUAUGGUACACUGGCAGCAGCAAUACGGUUGCACUCACAGUUAAUGCUCCACCGCCUGCUGUGCUAUCCCUGAACCCUGCAUGGAGGAAGUUCUACCCCACUGAGAAAGUGACUCUCAAAUGUGAGAUUCAGACCUGUCAGACUGGGUGGAGUUAUCUGUGGUACAGAGAUGGAGCCUCUUUCAACAGUGAGGACUCCAGUAGUGGAAAUGAGUUCACAAUCCCAGCUCUAGAUCAGUCACACAGUGGAAAAUACUCCUGCAGAGGGAAAAUACCAGGGAGAGAUGUUUACACUGAAAAUAGCAAUGAUGUGACACUGACUGUAGAUGCACUCCCACCCGUGGUUCUGACUCUACAGACUGGAUGGACAAACAUCUUUAACAGAGAGAGAGCGGCUCUGCACUGUCACAUUCAGGACCGCUCUGCUGUGUGGAUGCAUAAAUGGUACAGAGAUGGACAAGAACUUCCUGUGGGCACAGAUGAGGACACCUAUGAGAUCCUGUCUGCUGUUCAGUCAGACUCAGGAACAUACACAUGUCAAGGACAGCAUAAGGAAAGAGUACUGUACACUGGCAUCAGCAGUACAGUUGCACUCAAAGUUUCUGCUCCACCGCCUGCUGUGCUAACCCUGAACCCUGCAUGGAGGAAGUUCUACCCCACUGAGAAAGUGACUCUCAAAUGUGAGAUUCAGUCCCGUCGGACUCGGUGGAGUUAUAUGUGGUACAGAGAUGGAGCCUCUAUGAACAGUGUGCCCUCCAAAGGAAAUGAGUACACAAUCCCAGUUCUAAAACAGUCACACAGUGGAAGAUACUCCUGCAUAGGGAGACUACCAAGAAGAGAUGUUUACACUGAAAUGAGCAAAGAUGUGACCCUGACUGUAGAUGGGGAGGCCCCCAAAACCCUGCUGACUCUGGACCCCCCCAGUGGAGAGAUCUUCACAGGAGAUACAGUGACCCUGAGCUGCAGGGCUGGCACUGAUCCUGCUGGCUGGGAGUAUCUCUGGUUCAAAGAAACACGGGGAGCAGCACUGACCAGCACUGACUCCAGCAGCACUGACGGGUCCAGUUACACCAUCCACUCUGCUGCAGUUUCACAUGGUGGAGAGUACUGGUGCCGAGCAGGGAGAGGGAGACCCGCUUUCUACACACCGUACAGUGACUCUCUCCAGCUCAGCAUAACUGCUCUCCCAUCCGUGGUUCUGACUCUACAGACUGGAUGGACAAACAUCUUUAACAGAGAGAGAGCGGCUCUGCACUGUGGCAUUCAGGACCACUCUCCUGUGUGGAUGCAUAAAUGGUACAGAAAUGGACGAGAACUUCCUGUGGGCACAGCUGAGGACACCUAUGAGAUCCUGUCUGCAGUUCAGUCAGACUCAGGAACAUACACAUGUAAAGGACAACAUAAGGAAAGAGUACUGUACACUGGCAGCAGCAAUAUGGUUGCACUCAAAGUUAAUGGGGAGGCCCCCAAACCCCUGCUGAUUCUGGACCGCCCCAGUGGCAAGAUCUUCACAGGAGAUACAGUGACCCUGAGCUGCAGGGUUGGCACAGAUCCUGCUGGCUGGGAGUAUCUCUGGUUCAAAAAAACACAGGGAGCAGCACUGACCAGCACUGACUCCAGCAGCACUGACGGGUCCAGUUACACCAUCCUCUCUGCUGAAGUUUCACAUGGUGGAGAGUACUGGUGCCGAGCAGGGAGAGGGAGCCUCGCUUUCUACACACCGUACAGUGACUCUCUCCAGCUCAGCAUAUCUGCUCCACCACCUGCUGUGCUAACCCUGAACCCUGCAUGGAGGAAGUUCUACCCCACUGAGAAAGUGACUCUCAAAUGUGAGAUUCAGACCGGUCAGACUGAGUGGAGUUAUCUGUGGUACAGAGAUGGAGCCUAUAUGAACAGUGGGCUCUCCAGCAGUGGAAAUGAGUACACAAUCCCAGCUCUAGAUCAGUCACACAGUGGAAGAUACUCCUGCAAAGGAGGAAUACCAGGAAGAGAUGUUUACACUGAAAUGAGCAAAGAUGUGACUCUGAUCGUAGAUGGGGAGGCCCCCAAACCCCUGCUGACUCGGGACCCCCCCAGUGGAGAGAUCUUCACAGGAGAUAUGGUGACCCUGAGCUGCAGGGUUGGCACUGAUCCUGCUGGCUGGGCGUAUCUGUGGUACAAAGAAACACAGGGAGCAGCACUGACCAGCACUGACGGGUCCAGUUACACCAUCCUCUCUGCUGCAGUUUCACAUGGUGGAGAGUACUGGUGCCGAGCAGGGAGAGGGAGCCCCGCUUUCUACACACCGUACAGUGACUCUCUGCAGCUCAGCAUAACUGCUCCACCGCCUGCUGUGCUAACCCUGAACCCUGCAUGGAGGAAGUUCUACCCCACUGAGAAAGUGACUCUCAAAUGUGAGAUUCAGCCCCGUCAGACUGGGUGGAGUUAUCUGUGGUACAGAGAUGGAGCCUAUAUGAAGAGUGGGCUCUCCAGAGAAGAUGAGUUAACAAUCCCAGCUCUAGAUCAGUCACACAGAGGAAGAUACUCCUGCAGAGGAGGUUUACCAGGAAGAGAUGUUUACACUGAAAUGAGCAAAGAUGUGACUCUGACCGUAGAUGCUCUCCCACCCGUGGUUCUGACUCUACGGACUGGAUGGACAAACAUUUUUAACACAGAGAGAGCGGCUCUGCACUGUGACAUUCAGGACCGCUCUCCUGUGUGGAUGCAUAAAUGGUACAGAGAUGGGCAAGAACUUCCUGUGAGCACAGCUGAGGACACCUAUGAGAUCCUGUCUGCUGCUCAGUCAGACUCAGGAACAUACACAUGUAAAGGACAGCAUAAGGAAAGAGUACUGUACACUCGCCGCAGAAGUAACGCGAUCACACUCAAAGUUUCUGCUCCACCGCCUGCUGUGCUAACCCUGAACCCUGCAUGGAGGAAGUUCUACCCCACUGACUAUGUGACUCUCAAAUGUGAGAUUCAGUCCCGUCAGACUGAGUGGAGUUAUCUGUGGUACAAAGAUGGAGCCCCUAUCAACAGUGCGCUCUCCAGAGGAAAUGAGUACACAAUCCCAGCUCUAGAUCAGUCACACAGAGGAAGAUACUCCUGCAGAGGAGGAAUACCAGGAAGAGCUGUUUACACUGAAAUGAGCAAAGAUGUGACCCUGACUGUAGAUGGGGAGGCCCCCAAACCCCUGCUGACUCUGGACUCCCCCAGUGGAGAGAUCUUCACAGGAGAUACAGUGACCCUGAGCUGUAGGGCUGGCACAGAUCCUGUUGGCUGGGAGUAUCUCUGGUUCAAAAAAGCACAGCAAGCAGCACCGACCAGCACUGACUCCAGCAGCACUGACGGGUCCCGUUACACCAUCACCUCUGCUGCAGUUUCACAUGGUGGAGAGUACUGGUGCCGAGCAAAGAGAGGGAGACCUGCUUUCUACACACCGUACAGUGACUCUCUCCAGCUCAGCAUAACUGCUCCACCGCCUGCUGUGCUAACCCUGAACCCUGCAUGGAGGAAGUUCUACCCCACUGAGAAAGUGACUCUCAAAUGUGAGAUUCAGACCCAUCAGACUGAGUGGAGUUAUCUGUGGUACAGAGAUGGAGCCGCUAUCAACAGUACGCUCUCCAGCAGUGGAAAUGAGUACACAAUCUCAGCUCUAAAUCAGUCUCACAGUGGAAUAUACUCCUGCAAAGGAGGAAUACCAGGAAGAGAUGUUUACACUGAAAUGAGCAAAAAUGUGACCCUGACUGUAGAUGGGGAGGCCCUCAAACCCCUGCUGACUCGGGACCCCCCCAGUGGAGAGAUCUUCACAGGAGAUACAGUGACCCUGAGCUGUAGGGCUAGCACAGAUCCUGCUGGCUGGGAGUAUCUCUGGUACAAAGAUACACUGGAAAAAACACUGACCAGCACUGACUCCAGCAGCACUGAUGGGUCCAAUUACACCAUCCACUCUGCUGCAGUUUCACAUGGUGGAGAGUACUGGUGCCGAGCAGGGAGAGGGAGAUCUGCUUUCUACACACCGUACAGUGACUCUCUCCAGCUCAGCAUAACUGCUCUACCGCCUGCUGUGCUAACCCUGAACCCUGCAUGGAGGAAGUUCUACCCCACUGAGAACGUGACUCUCAAAUGUGAGAUUCAGACCAAUCGGACUGAGUGGAGUUAUCUGUGGUACAGAGAUGGAGCCCCUAUCAACAGUACGCUCUCCAGCAGUGGAAAUGAGUACACAAUCCCAGCUCUAGAUCAGUCACACAGUGGAAUAUACUCCUGCAGAGGGAGAAAACCAGGAAGAGAUGAUUACUCUGAAAUGAGCAACAAUGAGACCCUGACUGUAGAUGCUCUCCCAGGCGUGGUUCUGACUCUACAGCCUGGAUGGACAAACAUCUUUAUCAGAGAGAGAGCGACUCUGCACUGUGACAUUCAGGACCACUCUGCUGUGUGGAUGCAUAAAUGGUACAGAGAUGGACGAGAACUUCCUGUGGGCACAGCUGAGGACACCUAUGAGAUCCUGUCUGCUGUUCAGUCAGACUCAGGAACAUACACAUGUAAAGGACAGCAUAAGGAAAGAGUACUGUACACUGGCAGCAGCAACGAGAUCACACUCAAAGUUAAUGCUCUACUGUCUCCUGUGCUAACCCUGAACCCAGCAUGGACGAAGUUCUACCCUACUGAGAACAUGACUCUGAAAUGUGAGAUUCAGUCCCCUCAGACUGAGUGGAGUUAUCUGUGGUACAAAGAUGGAGCCCCUAUCAACAGUGCGCUCUCCAAAGGAAAUGAGUACACAAUCCCAGCUCUAGAUCAGUCACACAGUGGAAUAUACUCCUGCAAAGUAGGAAUACCAGGAAGAGAUGUUUAUACUGAAAAGAGCAAUGAUGUGACACUGACUGUAGAUGCUCUCCCAGGCGUGGUUCUGACUCUACAGGUUGGAUGGACAAACAUCUUUAACAGAGAGAGAGCGGCUCUGCACUGUGUCAUUCAGGACCAUUCUGCUGUGUGGAUGCAUAAAUGGUACAGAGAUGGACGAGAACUUCCUGUGGACAUGAAUGAGGACACCUAUGAGAUCCUGUCUGCUGUUCAGUCAGACUCAGGAACAUACACAUGCAAAGGACAGCAUAAGGAAAGAGUACUGUAUACUGGCAGCAGCAAUAUGGUUGCACUCAAAGUUAAUGGGGAGGCCCCCAAACCCCUGCUGACUCGGGACCCCCCCAGUGGAGAGAUCUUCACAGGAGAUACAGUGACCCUGAGCUGCAGGGUUGGCACUGAUCCUGUUGGCUGGGAGUAUCUCUGGUUCAAAGAAACACAGGGAACAGCACUGAACAGCACUGACUCCAGCAGCACUGACGGGUUCAGUUACACCAUCCACUCUGCUGCAGUUUCACAUGGUGGAGAGUACUGGUGCAUAGCAGGGAGAGGGAGCCCCGCUUUCUACACACUGUACAGUGACUCUCUCCAGCUCAGCAUAUCUGCUCCACCGCCUGCUGUGCUAUCCCUGAACCCUGCAUGGAGGAAGUUCUACCCCACUGAGAAAGUGACUCUCAAAUGUGAGAUUAAGUUCAUUCAGACUGAGUGGAGUUAUCUGUGGUACAGAGAUGGAGCCUCUAUGAACAGUGCGCUCUCCAGAGGAAAUGAGUACACAAUCCCAGCUCUAGAUCAGUCACACAGUGGAAGAUACUCCUGCAUAGGGACACUACCAAGAAGAGAUGUUUACACUGAAAUGAGCAAAGAUUUGACUCUGACCGUAGAUGGGGAGGCCCCCAAACCCCUGCUGACUCUGGACCCCCCCAGUGGAGAGAUCUUCACAGGAGAUAUAGUGACCCUGAGCUGCAGGGCUGGCACAGAUCCUGGUAGCUGGGAGUAUCUCUGGUUCAAAGAAACACAGGGAGCCGCACUGACCAGCACUGACUCCAGCAGCACUGACGGGUCCAGUUACACCAUCCACUCUGCUGCAGUUUCACAUGGUGGAGAGUACUGGUGCCAAGCAAGGAGAGGGAGACCUGCUUUCUACACACCGUACAGUGACUCUCUCCAGCUCAGCAUAACUGCUCGUCCUCAGGCUGUGCUGACUCUGGAGACUGCGUGGACAGAGAUCUUCAGGUCAGACAGUCUGACUCUGAGGUGUCAGGUUGAGGGGAGCUCUGCUGAGUGGAACUACACGUGGUACAGAGACGGACGGCAUCUUCCACUGGACCCCAGCGGGGACAGACUCACACUCACCGCUGGAAACGACUCUUACAGCAGUGAAUAUAAAUGCAGAGGAAACAGAACAGGCCAACCGUCUUAUACAGAGAUCAGCGAAGGAUUUAGAGAAAACAACAUUGUUUCCUGCACAGUGGAGAAUCUAGCACGGAUCGCUGUGGGGGCGGCCAUCUUGCUCUUCCUGUCCGUCAUUGUGAACGAAGGCUUUUGGAGGAGGACCCAUCAGACUGAGUGGAGUUAUCUGUGGAUCAGAGAUGGAGCCUCUAUGAACAGUGCGCUCUCCAUAAGCGAAAAUGAGUACUCAAUCCCAGCUCUAGAUCAGUCACACAGUGGAAUAUACUCCUGCUGCGGAGGAAUACCAGGAAGAGAUGUUUACACUGAAAUGAGCAAAGAUGUGACCCUGACUGUAGAUGGGGAGGCCCCCAAACCCCUGCUGACUCUGGACCACCCCAGUGGAGAGAUCUUCACAGGAGAUAUAGUGAUCCUGAGCUGCAGAGUUGGCACUGAUCCUGUUGGCUGGGAGUAUCUCUGGUUCAAAAAAACACAGGGAACAGCACUGACCAGCACUGACUCCAGCAGCACUGACGGGUCCCGUUACACCAUCCACUCUGCUGCAGUUUCACAUGGUGGAGAGUACUGGUGCCGAGCAGGGAGAGGGAGACCCGCUUUCUACACACCGUACAGUGACUCUCUCCAGCUCAGCAUAACUGCUCUACAGUCUCCUGUGCUAACCCUGAACCCUGCAUGGAGGAAGUUCUACCCCACUGAGAACGUGACUCUCAAAUGUGAGAUUCAGACCAAUCGGACUGAGUGGAGUUAUCUGUGGUACAGAGAUGGAGCCCCUAUCAACAGUACGCUCUCCAGCAGUGGAAAUGAGUACACAAUCCCAGCUCUAAAUCAGUCACACAGAGGAAGAUACUCCUGCAAAGGAGCCAUACCAGGAAGAGCUGUUUACACUGAAAUGAGCAAAGAUGAGACCCUGACUGUAGAUGCACUCCCACCCGUGGUUCUGACUGUACAGGUUGGAUGGACAAACAUCUUUAACAGAGAGAGAGCGACUCUGCACUGUGACAUUCAGGACAGCUCUCAUGUGUGGAUGCAUAAAUGGUACAGAGAUGGACAAGAGCUUCCUGUGGGCACAGCUGAGGACACCUAUGAGAUCCUGUCUGCUGUUCAGUCAGACUCAGGGACAUACACAUGUAAAGGACAGCAUAAGGAAAGAGUACUGUACACCGUUAGCAGCAAUGCGAUCAGACUCAAAGUUAAUGCUCUACCGUCUGCGAUGCCAACCCUGAACCCUGCAUGGAAGAGGUUCUACCCCACUGAGAAAGUGACUCUCAAAUGUGAGAUUCAGCCCCGUCAGACUGAGUGGCGUUAUCUGUGGUACAGAGAUGGAGCCUCUAUGAACAGUGCGCUCUCCAGAGGAAAUGAGCACACAAUCCCAGCUCUAGAUCAGUCACACAGUGGAAGAUACUCCUGCAAAGGGAAAAUACCAGGAAGAGAUGUUUACACUGAAAUGAGCAAAGAUGUGACUCUGACUGUAGAUGCACUCCCACCCGUGGUUCUGACUCUACAGACUGGAUGGACAAACAUCUUUAACACAGAGAGAGCAGCUCUGCAUUGUGACAUUCAGGACCGCUCUCCUGUGUGGAUGCAUAAAUGGUACAGAGAUGGACGAGAACUUCCUGUGGGCACAGCUGAGGACACCUAUGAGAUCCUGUCUGCUGUUCAGUCAGACUCAGGGACAUACACAUGUAAAGGACAGCAUAAGGAAAGAGUAUGGUACACUGGCAGCAGCAAUACAGUUGCACUCAAAGUUAAUGCUCCACCACCUGCUGUGCUAUCCCUGAACCCUGCAUGGAGGACGUUCUACCCCACUGAGAAAGUGACUCUCAGAUGUGAGAUUCAGACCCGUCAGACUGGGUGGAGUUAUCUGUGGUACAGAGAUGGAGCCCCUAUCAACAGUGAGGACUCCAGUAGUGGAAAUGAGUUCACAAUCCCAGCUCUAGAUCAGUCACACAGUGGAAAAUACUCCUGCAGAGGGAAAAUACCAGGAAGAGAUGUUUACACUGAAAAUAGCAAUGAUGUGACCCUGACUGUAGAUGCACUCCCACCCGUGGUUCUGACUCUACAGACUGGAUGGACAAACAUCUUUAACAGAGAGAGAGCGGCUCUGCACUGUCACAUUCAGGACCACUCUGCUGUGUGGAUGCAUAAAUGGUACCGAGAUGGACAAGAACUUCCUGUGGGCACAGCUGAGGACGCCUAUGAGAUCCUGUCUGCUGUUCAGUCAGAUGCAGGAACAUACACAUGUCAAGGACAGCAUAAGGAAAGAGUACUGUACACAGGCAUCAGCAGUACAGUUGCACUCAAAGUUUCUGGGGAGGCCCCAAAACCCCUGCUGACUCUGGACCCCCCCAGUGGAGAGAUCUUCACAGGAGAUACAGCGACCCUAAGAUGUAGGGCUGGCACAGAUCCUGCUGGCUGGGAGUAUCUGUGGUACAAAGAAACACAGGGAGCAGCACUGACCAGCACUGACUCCAGCAGCACUGACGGGUCCAGUUACACCAUCCGCUCUGCUGCAGUUUCACAUGGUGGAGAGUACUGGUGCCGAGCAGGGAGAGGGAGACCCGCUUUCUACACACCGUACAGUGACUCUCUCCAGCUCAACAUAACUGCUCGUCCUCAGGCUGUGCUGGCUCUGGAGACUGCAUGGACAGAGAUCUUCAGGUCAGACAGUCUGACUCUGAGGUGUCAGGUUGAGGGGAGCUCUGCUGAGUGGAACUACACGUGGUACAGAGACGGACUGCAUCUUCCACUGGACCCCAGCGGGGACAGACUCACACUCACCGCUGGAAAUGACUCUUACAGUAGUGAAUAUAAAUGCAGAGGAAACAGAACAGGCCAACCCUCUUACACAGAGAUCAGCGAAGGAUUCAGAGAAAACAACAUUGUCCUAAAGCGGAAAGUUCUGGUUUCUGUGGCCAGCUCAGUCUUGCUCGGACUCAUCCUCACAGCCCUGGGCUGUGUUUGCCUGAGAAAGAAAAGGAAGUUGGCUUACAACCCGACACCACAGGAUGACAUGUUUUUCUCAAAGCCACCCACAGAAAACCUGAAGUUGGAUAGUGGACAUUUCAGUGAUGUUGAGGAAUCCACUGAAACAAAAGCUGCUAGCAGCAUUGAAAUUUAUUCUGCUCUGGGCCUGAAAAAGAGGGUUGAAGUACUCCCGCCAAAACAGGAUCUGGAUGAGCUCACAUCAUUCAAAGCUGACCAGUGAAGAGAAAAAACAUCUGACUUAGGACCAGUGUUAGGACGUGGUUGUGAUCGCAAAAGAAGAAGUGACGAUUUUAUUUCAUGUAGGAAAACAUCACCCAUCCCAUGGUUUCUGAGAUGACUGUAGGUGUAUCCACUGAUCCCUGAGUGUACGUUUUUCCUUUAGGUUGGAUACUUGUGUUUGAUUUUAUUUUUUAUUAAUUAGUAUGGUUGCUUCUGCAACCCACUACUGGUUAUCUUGCAUACUUAUUAUAAUUCUUCUUGUUUUCCUUCUGUCAGAAUUUCUACAUGCUACUUCGACUGCAGAUUUUAAGCUCGACAUGCCAUUCUAACUUCAUAAUAUUCAGCUUGGUUCAUUGCAGUGUGCAUGUUCAAAGCUUUUUAAAAUUGCAAGUAGUUUUGGAAAUGUACUGUACUAUGUACUGCAUGUUCAAACCCCAGCCACAUUUUCUAUGACGCUUAUUUGAUAUAAGUGACACCAUAUCCGAAGAGUAGAGGGUCCAAGGUAUUCAAAACACCCCCAUAUCAUUGAGACAACAUGUCCAGGGGAGGCAGCAGAGCAUGUUAUAUGUUAUAGUAUCAGAAAGCGAUUGGAACUUAAUUGAAUGAAAUUUGCCUACGUACUGCAUGUUCAAACCCCAGCCACA